UAACGUGUGUUGCAGGGGAAGAGAGAAGAGAGAAGAGAAGAGCAGAUGUCGCUUCUGUCGGAGGAUGGAGACGAAGGGAGGCGAUAUCUGGAGAGAAUAAUUAUCGCCCUGUAAUACUGUGCGUUUACUCUAGAAAGCUUGAGUCGUGGACCUGUGAUGAGUUUUUAACGAAGGGGAGCGCAGCUUGGCUGGGUUAGGUUUUCCCUUUACAGGCUGGGAGCGUUACCUUGAAGGUUCUCAUCAUUUUGACGGCGAUUGCACCAUCCGCUACGGUAACUUCAUUUCUGGACGAAACACCCAUCUCGACAUCUCCGAACAGGAAAGAUACCGUGCAGUGCAGCAUUCUCGGAGCUCUUGGGGAAUCCAAUAAACAAGGCGGGUGAGACCCCACAGCGGAAAAUCUGAAAUCUGAAAAACCCCGUACAAUUCACCGUGUCCAGCUCUCUCUAUCCACCCUGUCUGACCUUUGGAGUCUAUCUCUCACCAGGACCCUUUUGCCCAUUACCUGUAUUUCAACUUGUUUCUUCUCGAUCCAAGGAUCAUUACAGCCUCAAUACAAUCAAUUUAGCUAGCUAAGCUUCGCUUGAAAGCUAUCCCAGAAUAUACUUUAUUCAAAAAAAAAAAAGAGUACACGAAAGGUUUUGGUGCUAACUCCCCUGAGACUAUUUGUCUGCAAACACCCACGAGAGAUCCUGAAAGAGCUCCAUAGUGAAAGGGAAAGAAAUCAUCAUCAUCCCCUCUCGCAAAAGGCAGAACAAACGAGCUGCUACGUCGCUUCUCGGCCGUAAGGUACUCGGCUGCUCAUAAUCAGGCAUCAUGUCGCCAUCCUCGCCGCCGCCUCCAUCUUUGCCCGUUUCCGCCUCUGAGGCAGCAGCUGGAGCUGUAGGAGCUCCCCCUCAGUCUGUGGAUCUGACAAACUGGUUCCUCGAUGCCAAACGUUCUUUGGCCUCUGUAGCCUUGUGUGCUCGCGCAAACUCCUUGGUAGAUUCCGCAAGAGGGGCCUUGCAGGAGGCCGCCAUCGUCUCUUCAAAAUGUCUCUUCUUACGAAACGCCUUGCAAGACCAGCUCUUGGUUGUUAUCAGGGUGAACAGGAUGAUGCACUCGGUUCGGGAGGCUUCCAAGAGCGAUUUCGAGAAAAUUGUUGCGGACUUGGACAAUGCAGAUGCUAGGCUCAAUCAAACCUUGGGAGUGCUCCGGAAGUCAGUGGUUGAUCCCGCAUUCAAUCCUCCAGGUAAUCCGGAACGCGAAGAAUCUACACCAAUGGCAACAAAACCUCGGACAUUGCAUGAUUUUGUCGACGAUGAGGGGAUUGAGAACCUUAAGUCGAGAUUGCGGCAUUUGAUCGAUCAAGUGCAGGAAUCUCACGAUGCGCUUUUGACGUCUUUAACUGAAUUUGAUGGGGAUAUCUCGGAGCUCGAUACGACGAUCAAUAACCUCACAGAGUUCGCAUCCAAUAAUUCGCAAGGCGGGCGAAUCACGAGCGAAUCUAUAAGGCCCCAGAUACAUGCCCUAGAAGAGCAGGCGGGGGCAAUGGCAGGGCUACUCGAAGCUUUGACCCAACAUUACGAUCGUUGUUCUGAGGCGCUAAAACAAUCUGAGCCCACUACAAAUCACAAUCAGGAAGGUGGAAUGAUGGGUAUGGCGGAGAGUAUGUCACCAGAAGAGAAACAAGAGAUGUACAGGGUCCUUGAGAAAGACGCAAUGGAGGUGGACGAUGUCGUCACCGAAUUGAAAGAAAGAUAUAAUGAUAUGGAAAACAUUCAAUCACAUGUCUUGGGACAACUCGAGGAACUGAAUAUGUUGCGCCACAAUACCUAUGCUACCUUUGCGCUUUUUGAGCAAUUCCAGACCAAUCUAGGCUCUUAUGUGGAACGCAUGCGAGAAUUUGAGACACAGCAGGAAGGGUAUGCAAGGGGUAUGGAGGAUAGACUGGAUGAACUCUGGCAGUUGGGUGAAUUCUACGAAGGUUUCAUAAGCGCCUACGAUGCUAUGGUAAUAGAGGUCGGCAGAAGGAAAGGCGUUUCUGUCCGAAUGGAGACCAUCAUUCGAGAUGCUAUGAAGAAGCUACAGGUGCUCUACGAUGAUGAUCUAGCAGAUAGAGAGGCAUUCAAGGAGGAACAGGGCCACCUCUUGCCGGUCGACAUUUGGCCCGGUGUCAUGGAUCCACCUAUCCGUUCCUCGGUAGUCAAGGAUACUAACGGAGCAAGUGAGCUGCCGGGGAUUAGCAAAGAGGUUAUUGAGCAGGCUCUAGCGCGGCAACAGCAGCAGGGCAAGGGCGGGAUGUAGAAAGGGCAUAUCUAGCUCCAGCAAUGGCGGGGGAGGGACCGCGUGUACAGGAGGAGGAGUGAGAGAAAAACCUGAAUACGCUGCACAAUGAGAUAUGAUGCAGGGAUUCUGGCAAUACAAACAUGCAGAUAAGAUUCGAAAUCUGCUCCAAUCCUACGCAUAGUCACAGCAGGUCGCUUCGGUGUGCCGUGCAAUGAAUGAUCUACAGGUAUCAUAUUCCUUUUUAUCUUUUAUCAUUUUCGCUUUUGUCUAUUUACUUCUCAGAAACCGUUCUUUAACUUGAGCCGGCCCCUCUCCUUGUCGGAUAUAUCAUUUCUCCGAAUUGCCCCCCUCGUAUUUUAUUUUAUUUUUAUUUUCCCCUUUGACGGGGCAUUUAGGUCUGCCUAUGCCUGCACGUCCCCUCAGAGCUGGCUCAUGGAUGAUUUUGGCGUUGUUUUGUUUCGAUUCGUCGCAACCCUUUCUUUUUCUCUGUUCCUCGUUUACUUCCACUAUCUGGUUCUUGGGGCGUCGAGGGGUUUAUCCAUCCAUUCAUUCAUCUAUUCGUUCAAGGGGUGGUGAAUCUGUACGAUUACCGUAUGAUAACCAAGCACAUCAUUUUGCAUACCACCUCUUCUGGCCUCCUCCUCUACGCUCCUGGUGCCGCCCUACCAUCACCACACGGCCACCUCAUCCAGUAUCUCAUACGGGUAAUAGGCUAAUCUAGGUACACACAAUACCACGCUCUCUCCUCCAUCAGGGGUCCGUCCCCUUUUCUCCGCUCGUUACUUGCUGGUAUAUUCCGCAAAUAAAGUAGGUUUGAGGUCCGAUAACCGUUACCGUUUGUUAUUUGGAUAUUAAAAACGGGAAUUUCAAUAAAUGAAUAACCAGAUAAAACAAAAUAGAGUAUGUACCCCCCCCCCUCCGUCCAGAAUUGACAUUACCGAUGCUCUUGUGAUUUCUCCCUUAAUAUACUAUAUGAUAGCACAGUGCAAAUGAAGUUUAAUCAUUUAUUCUCCGGAAUGUUUCCGUUCCGACACGAUAAUGUAACGGAAUCAGUUCUCCUUCCCUUUGUAUGUGUGGAUGUACCGUCUGGAAUUCUGUUCUUGUAGCAGUUGCGAUAGAAGCUAGAUAGUACCGUAUGAGUGCUCGCGGGCCUCUCUCUCUUUUCUCU